AUGGAAAAUCGAGAUCCAAUACCCUCAAAUCAUAACAAACAUCCAUCCAACAUCAACGAAAAACCCGCCACUCAACCCACAACCUCAUCAUCUACUUCCCAAUUACCAUCACUAUCACCAUCACCACACAGCAAACCCUGUACCAUAUGCCACAUACCCCGCGACGUACUAAUCCGAUGCCAAGUAGACCAAACGCGAAAAUGGCAUUUCGUCUGUACGGGUAAGUGCUGGAGGGAUGUGAGUGGGGGAAAUGUAGAUGGUGAUGGUUCGCAUCUGGAGUAUAGGUAUGGGGGUAUGUGGAAGAAUAAACAUGAGGCGGUUAGUGCGAAGAUUAAGGGGAAGGCGAAGGAAAGGAAUAGGAAUAGGAAGAGGGGGGAGAGUACUGGGGAGUUGGGGGGGAAUGUAGGGGAGAAAGAGGAGGAGGAUGGAGUUUGA